AUGGAAAAGUACCCUGACGAUAAGCCUUCCAUGACGAAGAAUCAACCCCAUGAUGUGGUUGAGGACUCCAUGGAGGGCAAGGCACUGCCAGUCAAGGCCUUUUCCAAGUCAUGGCUGACAGACAUCCUUCUCACUGUCGAGACGACUGGCAUUCAGCGGGUGACGGAGGAUGAACGGCAGCAGAACACCAGCAAAGUGUGGAAUGCGUGUACGUUCUGGCUGAGCGCGAAUAUGGCCGUGGCAACACUCAACGUCGGGUCCGUGGGCGGCAGCUUGGGACUGUCAUUCUGGGAUUGCUUUGCCAUUAUCGUCGUGGUCAAUGUCUUCAGCUGUAUGAUUCCAGCAUGGACUGCAGGAUUCGGAUUGACGGGACUGCGCAUGACGUCCUUCUCUCGUUACUCCUUCGGCUAUUGGGGCAAUCUUCUGGUGGUCGUCUUCUCCAUGGUCUCGACAACGGGCUGGAAUGCCGUCAACUCCAUCUCUGGGGCAUCAGUCCUCAAUGCCCUCUCCAACGGGAAAUGCCCGACGUGGCUCGGAGUUGUCAUUAUCUGUACCACCGUCUGGGUUAUCUGUGCCCUUGGUAUUCACUGGAUCCAUCGCCUCGAUGCUUUCCUCUGGAUUCCCCCGUUCGUGGUUUGGUGUUUCACCGCCGGUUUCGGGUCGUCGCAUUUCUCUGGAGACGCCAUCAAAUCGCCGUCUGGAGCAAACGGGGCAGCAGCAUCGCUUUCGUACAUCGCGGUCAUAUUCUCCUUUGCCGUGUCGUGGAUCAACUGUGCUGCCGACUAUAACGUGAGGAUGCCUGUCAACACGUCCAGAGCUCAGAUUUUCGUCGCAACCUAUGUCGGAAUCGCCGUCCCCACCAUCCUGGUCCAGACCCUGGGCGCAGCACUGUAUACGGGCACUGAGAUCAACCCAGAGUGGAAGUUGGCGUUCAAAGAGAGCGGGAUCGGAGGUCCCCUCAAAAUGGCCCUGGAACCAGCUGGAGGUUUCGGAAAGUUCCUUCUGGUGCUUGCAGCAUUGAGUGCGAUUCCGAACAACAUCCCCAACAACUACUCCUUUGCCAUGCAUGCGCAAAACUUUGGCCCCUGGGCGGCACGCAUUCCUCGAAUCUUUCUUGUCACUCUCGGCUUCAUUGCCGCCAUCAUCGUCGGUGCAUGUGCGGCUGAAUUCUUCAGUGACACCCUUCAGACGUUCCUGAGCAUCAUCGGGUACUGGACCGUCAUUCACCUCACCAUCGUUGCCGAGGAACACAUCAUUUUCCGCGCCUGUCGCUGGAGUCAAUACAACUUGGAUGCUUGGAACCAGCCCGAUCUUCUUCCUUUCGGCUGGGCGGCUAUCGGAGCUUUUGGGUUUGGGUUCAUGGGCGCAGCAUUGGGCAUGAAAACAGCUUGGUACACUGCUCCCAUUGCUGGGUUGAUAGGAAGCAAAGGCGCCAAUGUUGGUCACGAGCUAACCUUUGCCUUCUCGGCAAUCACUUUCCCACUCUUCCGAUAUCUGGAGAGGAGACACGGAGGCAAAUAG